GUGGCUGCUGAUGAAGGUCAACAGGUGUGGUUAAUCAGUAAUCAAUAGAACUGGAGUGAACCACCAUUUAAAAGAACCACAGUUGUAUGCAAUACUCUUUUGUGGUGGAGCAGCACCUUAAACAGAGCACCAUGGCAGGACAUAGUGUGAGCGCUUUGGGGUUAAUAUGGAUCUCAUGUCUGAUUGGAGGGGUCUUUUCACUACCAGUAAAUGCAUGGAGUGACUUCAGCACUCCUGGUUCUGCUUAUCCUGUUGGUCAAGACGCCUCAGUCUAUACUUAUGGCAGAGCACCAAAAGAGUACUUCAGACAAGAGCCUUCAGCUUGGUCCAAGCAGAACAGUGACGCUAAGGCUGAUGGAGGGGUCUACUCAAAUGAAGGCUCGGAUAUGGAUGCUGGAGAAUCAGUCUGGGCCAAGAACGGUGGUAUGGACUCUGGUAGUGACGGUUACUACCCUGUUCCUGAAGGCUAUUCUGAGGAGCUAGUCCCCUCCAUGGAGGAGGAGACCCCGGAGGAGGAGCCUGUGUUGAGCGACGUCUCUGACCUGGAUCCGGUCUACCACUUCAGUUCCAGGUCCCGCUACCAGCAAGGCAGACAGGCCUUCUUCCUAACCAGAUACAACCCCGGAGAGCCUACGGUCGGCUCUGCUGACAUGGCAGACUCCAAAAGUAAUGGAAUGGUAAAGGAUGGCCAGUUGUUACAGAAGAGCCUGGGAAGGGUGGCUACUGAUCAACUGCAAUGUCUUCUUUUAUAAUGGCUGUAUAUGAAUAAAUCAUUGCUUUUAAAAUCAG